UCUUCGCUGCUUUAUGUAUCCAUCGGCAACUUCCGCCAUGUCCCAGCCCAGCAGCGGAGCAGAGUUCAGUCCUCCAGCACAGUCAACAUCACACUAAGAACAGUAACUGUGCUGAUGUUAGUUUGCAGCUUCGUCCAAGAAAAGUUCAUCUGGUGAGGGGGAAGAUUGCAGCCCGGUCUGUCACCUCCCUGGCGAACCGCAAGACGAAGUAUCGAUUGGGAUCUAUCAGGGGGUUAGCUAACUGCUGGUUAGCUAGCAUGUUGCUGUCUCAACACAUCAGACAACUCCUCUCGGAUUAAUUUCAUCUCGUCAUGACUGAGUUAAGAUGUCGGAAAACAGAGACUUUGGAAGGAGAUGAAGAAGGAGAGGAGCACCAAAAUGCACCAGAGCUGCAGAAUGAACGUGUGAAUGAGCCGGUGAGCGCAGGGGAUGAGGGGAGUGUGUCCAACGGAGGAGCAGGUGAAACCUCACAGCAGAGAGAUGAGGGUGAAGUUAAAGAAGAUGAUGGUCACCAGAAACAGGAGGAAUCAAACAGACCUGAUACAUCUGUAAAAAGAGCCAAGAGUCCUUCUACUUCGGGUUUUCUUCAGCGUCUGGUGAGGGUGUUCUUCGGAUGUCUGGCAGCAGUUGCCUGCGGCAUGCUUUACGCCGUGUAUCUCUCGACGUAUCAUGACAGGAAGUUCUGGUUUUCAACUAGACAGGAGCUGGAGCGUGAAAUCACCUUUCAAGCAGGCAGUGGGCUCUAUUAUUACUACUAUAAACACAUGCUGGCAGCACCGUCCUUUGAACGAGGGUUUUAUGAGCUGAUGACGGAUAACAGGACUCUUUCAGGUCAGACAAUCAAUGCAGUGGAGCGUCUGUCUCUGUAUCCAGAGCUCAUCACAAGCUUCAUAUACAGAGUCACAGGGAGCCAGGAUUUUGUGGAGCCGAUCUACUUCUAUAUCGGGGCGGUGUUCGGGCUCCAGGCAGUCUACGUCACCGCCCUGUUUGUGUGCAGCUGGGUGAUGAGCGGCACCUGGGUGGCUGGCAUGUUGGCUGUGGCCUGGUAUGUGAUCAACAGAGUGAAUCAGCAGAGUCAAGUUACAGAGUUUUCAAAUGGGACACUGAGCUAUUUACCGGACACAACCAAAGUGGACCAUGCAAUUCCUCUGCGGGACAACUGGGCCCUGCCUUACUUCUCUUGUCAGGUGGCAGCUUUGACUGGAUUCCUGAGUAACAAUAUCAGCUCUGCCACCGAGAUGUUUUGCUAUCUUACCAUGAGUGCCACCACCUUCACCUUCCUCCUGGUCUGGGAGCACAGCCACUACGUGCUCUUCAUCCAAGGCCUCUGUCUUUUCCUGCUCGACUCUUUUGACCUGGUGCCAUCGCGCAAGAUGGCUGACAUCCACAAAGUGUACCUCAGCUCCUUGUUCCUGGCCUACUUGUUCCAGUUUCAGAACCCGACCCUGCUCAGCUCGCCGCUGCUCAGCCUCCUGAUUGGCUCAGUGCUCGCGAGGUAUUUCCAGCAAAAGAUGAAGAUGGGUCCUCUUGUGGCCAGAGUAAUGAAGCUCUUCCUGCAUUUCCACCUGGUCUUUACCACAGGGAUCACCUUCAGCUAUUUGGUCAAGAAACUGAUACCUGUAAGUGAAGACGACUUCAUAUUGAAGUUCCUUGAAGUAAAAUUUGGGCUCAACACAACAACUGACUUUGUCACCAACUUCCUCCUGUGCCAGGAGAGUUUCCAGAGACCCGGGCAGGAUUUAUUUCUGCGACUGACGCAGGCCUCAGUCCUUCCCUUUUACUUCCUAGUGCUCACUGUCUGCCUGCUGUCCACCCUGCAGACCAUUUACAGAAGACUCAGUGGUCAGCCAAUGAAAACCAACCUCAGACUCGAAGAUGGACGAGUAGGAGAGCAGCCCGAGGUCAUCUAUCAUGUUUUUCACACAUUGCUCUUUGGAGGCCUGACUCUGCUGUUUGAUGGGAUGAAGUAUUUAUGGACGCCCUACGUCUGCAUGUUUACAGCAUUCGGUGUGUGUUCUCCAGACCUCUGGAUGACUGUGUUUAAGUGGCUGAAACUGAAGUCCAUUCACCCUGUAGUGCUCUCUCUGAUCCUCAGCACAGCAGUUCCCACCAUCAUUGGUUUCAGUUUAUGGAGAGAGUACUGCCCUCGUGUCUUAGUGGAGCUGUCUGAUCUGCAGGAUUUCUACGACCCAGAUACAGUGGAGCUCAUCAGCUGGAUCGGGUCACAGGCUCCAGUGGCAGCUGUGUUUGCAGGAAGCCCUCAGCUGUUGGGAACAGUGAAGUUGUUUUCAGGUUCAGCUGUGACCAGUUUGCCGCUUUACUCAGACAUUAACCUGCUGAGGAGGAGUGAAGACACAUAUCAGGUGUAUGCUAUGAGAUCUGCAGAGGAAAUCUAUAAGAUUCUGACGUCUCAAAAGACAAACUAUGUGAUCAUUGAGGAGUCGAUUUGCAACGAACUCAGUCUUACCAAGGGCUGUAGGAUCAAAGACCUGCUCGACAUCUCCAAUGGACACGUUGUUUAUGACAAAGGAGACAUAUACUCUUUCUCCAAGCAUGGACGAUUCUGCCAGGAGAUAAAGAUGAACUACUCGCCCUACACAAACUACUUCACCAGAGUCUUCUGGAAUCGCUCGUAUCACGUCUACAAAGUGAACUCUGUUAUCUCGUUUCAGUACUGACAGCAGCUCCUCCCGCUUCCUGCUGAGACUUGACUGAGCCCGGCUCUGCCCCUCUACAGUGUUUCACGUCAUGUCCACAGUGUAACACAGGGGACUGCAGUGUGUUUCUGCAGUGUGUUAGAAAAAUGUCUAAUCACUGUUAACACUCGGGCGUGGAUGGUGACGCUGCACAGGUGAACCGACGGGGAUC